AUGGCGAACUCAGGCCCGUCCCUUUCCGUUCACGUCAAAAUCACUAUCGAUCCUUCUGAUACUGAGGCAUUCCUCAAAGCCCUGCAACCCACCUACGAAGCUGUCACCGCAGAACCCCUCAACACCUUCUUCGAGGUAUACCAGGAUGCACGAACACCUGGAGUCUUCAAGCUGGUGGAGAACUGGGAUGCGAGCGUCGAGUACAUGAGGACGGUCCAAGAGAAAAAGGAAUAUUACAAGGAGUACUUCGAGAUCACCAAGCCGAUGUACAAAAAGCCACUUGAGCUCGAAAUUUACACCAGAAUGCCGGGUAAUGAGUGGGUCAGCGUGAGGAAGGAUGCUUAUCCGGACAGGGAAUAG